AUGCCACCUCGCAAAUCCACGUCUUCAGUGACGCCCGCUGAUCUUGAUGACUCCCUGCUUCAGCAGUCGUCUCCAGCACCGCAAACCGACAAGCCCGUCUUUGCGACGGAGCAGCAGCUGAAGGCUCGGGCUGAGGCAGGCGCGAGUGUCGAGGACUAUCUCCUGCCACGCUCAUUGACGAUUCGUCUCGCCAAGUCGGUUCUCCCGCCGAAUACGACGAUCCAGAAGGACGCUGUGUUGGCUAUGCAGAAGGCUGCUACGGUGUUUGUUUCCUAUCUGUCUUCACACGCCAACGACGCAACUCUCAAACGCACUAUCGCUCCAUCAGACGUCUUCAAUGCUCUCUCCGAGCUGGAACUCGACUCUUUCCGCGGCCGGCUUGAACAAGAACUCGAGGCAUACACGGAAAUUAAAGCCGGGAAGCGCAAGCCGAAGAAGGUUGAUGAGAAUGGCUCGACGCAGGAUGCUUUAGGCGAGGACGCGACUCAGGGCGACGGUGAUGUAGAGAUGCUUGAUAAUCCUGCGAAAAGAAUGAAGCGAGACGCAGACGUGGAAGUAGCUGUUGCUCUGCCCGCUGGGGAUGAUGGGGAUGAGACUCAAGAGGAAGAAGCCGAAGAAGAGGAAGAAGAGGAUGAGAGUGAGGACGAUGAAGAGGAGGAGGAGGAUCGUGCUCCGCGUGAGGAUAACCUUGAGCAUGUGGAGGACUUGGACCGUGAGCCUGGUGUGAGAAGAGGGCCUUAUGAUCCCGAUGCUGAGGAGACGGAUGAAGAUGAGGAUGGGCCUGGUAGUCAAUUGCGGGAUGAUCUUGGAUUGGGCUAA